UUACUGUCCGAGCUAACAAAGAUGCUCUUCCGCGUGGAUUUCUUGACCCAGAUCUCACGGCGCGGCGGAGGAGCGGCGAUCAUACCCGAUCGCCCGGAUCGAUCGAUAUUCUCGCCCUUGCGCGGCGCCGGGCAGGGUUUUGAUUCAGCGGCGCGGCGAAAUCUUUGGAGGCGGCCGCCAUGGCGUCCAAGCGCAUCCUCAAGGAGCUCAAAGAUUUGCAAAAGGAUCCCCCCACGUCGUGUAGCGCCGGGCCUGUCGCGGAGGAUAUGUUCCACUGGCAAGCGACGAUCAUGGGACCUCCCGAUAGUCCCUACGCGGGUGGGGUUUUCCUGGUGACCAUCCACUUCCCUCCGGAUUAUCCAUUCAAGCCUCCAAAGGUUGCGUUCCGGACGAAAGUCUUCCACCCAAACAUCAACAGCAAUGGAAGCAUCUGCCUCGACAUCCUCAAGGAGCAGUGGAGCCCCGCAUUGACGAUCUCCAAGGUGCUGCUCUCGAUUUGCUCACUGCUCACUGAUCCAAACCCCGACGAUCCUCUGGUUCCAGAGAUCGCCCACAUGUACAAGACUGACAGAGCCAAGUACGAAGCCACCGCGAGAAACUGGACCCAAAAAUACGCCAUGGGCUGAUCGAUCCAACCAAGAAGACGAAGAACAAGAAAAAAAACAAAGCAUCCAAUCGACGAAGCCAAGACCCCAUCUCCAAGGUACCACCACGCCAAUCGAAUCGACACGAAUAUUCUACGCUGUUUGAAUUGAAUAGAAGAGAAGCCCUAGCUCUA